GUACUGUGUAGACGUGGAGGUUUACCUUUCAUCGUCCGAUUUUCCGAUUUUUACGUCGUUGUGUCGAAAAAUGUCGCAAAAUUCGUCAGCUGGCAAGAGCAAAAUCGCGAGACAACUGCGGGAAAGGAAACAGAAAAAACUCUAUUCGGAAGACUGGGCCCUGGGCGACGAGGAUGAGAUCGAGGGCCGGCGCACCUUCAACCUGCAAGAGAAGCUGGAGGACCCGGCCUUCGAGGCCCACGGCAUGGUGAAGGAGAUGCGCGGCGAGGAACUGAACGUGGCCUAUUUCCAGAAGUAUGGCUUCAGCACGCCGCUGCUGUUCAAGGAGAAGACCGGACUAGGUCUGCGCGUUCCGUCUUCCAAUUUUUCGAUCAACGACGUAAGGGUGAGCGUCGGGUCGCGCCGGCUCCUCGACGUGAUGGACGUCAGCACGCAAAAGAACAGCGAGAUGACCAUGAAGGAGUGGCAGAAGUACUAUGAGGAGCCGAACAAAACCCGACUGCUUAACGUCAUCUCCCUGGAAUUCUCCCACACCAAGCUGGAGUAUUACAUACAAAGCCCCACCGUAGUCAGGCAAAUUGACUGGGUUGACUGCGUUUGGCCCAGACACCUUAAGGAGAGCCAAAUAGAAGCUACAAAUGUCCUAGAAGAAAUGAAAUACCCCAAAGUACAAAAAUACUGUCUCAUGUCAGUAAAGGGUUGUUACACAGAUUUUCACGUCGAUUUUGGCGGAACAUCUGUUUGGUACCACAUACUGAAAGGUUGUAAAGUCUUUUGGCUGAUUCCACCCACCGAACACAAUAUUGAUCUCUAUGAACGUUGGUGUCUCUCUGGAAAGCAGUCCGAUAUAUUUUUCGGAGAUACGGUAGAAAAAUGUGCCAGGAUAGUUUUACAUGCUGGAAAUACGUUUUUCAUACCAACAGGAUGGAUACAUGCUGUAUACACUCCGUUAGAUUCGUUGGUUUUUGGUGGCAACUUUUUGCACUCUUUCGGAAUAGAGAAGCAGCUUAAAAUUGCUCAAGUCGAAGAUACGACAAAAGUGCCACAAAAAUUUCGAUACCCCUUCUUCACGGAAAUGCUAUGGUACGUUCUCGAACGCUACGUUCACUGCCUUUUAGGGAACUCCCAUUUGACCACUGGCCAAGAUGCUCCAAUACCACCUGAUCGACCGCACAUUCACUUGACCCAAGCCGAACUCCAUGGAUUAAAAGAUAUUGUACGGUACCUUCACUUGCUACCACCUAACAAGAAAAAUCUUCCAGACCUCAUAAGGGAUCCUAUAGCCCUUAUUCAAGAUGUGAGAACGUUGAUAGGUAUACACCGGCAGGACAUCAGGGAGCUGGCGAUAACGAACAAAGCAGUUCUUAGUCUACCGGAGGACCCUGACAAACGAAGGCAGUACAAUAAGACCAAUAUUAACCAGAACGUUCCUAAAAUUCCUAAACCGCCAUCUACGUUUAAGGGCCCGAAAUCUAUACCGGGUUCUGCUUCUGGAGACAAAGGAGGGCCUCGGAGACGACGAACGAGGUGUAAAAAAUGUUCAGCGUGUCAAAGAGCAGAUUGUGGCGAGUGUACUUUUUGUCUGGAUAUGGUUAAAUUCGGUGGACCAGGUAGAGCCAAGCAGACUUGCAACAUGAGACAGUGUUUGCAACCGAUGUUACCAGUGACGGCAGCUUGCGCAAGAUGUGGCUUAGAUGGUUGGAUGCAGACCCCUGUAGCUCCUUUACAAAAAGGACCUCAACGAUGCGAUACGGCCAGUUCUCUUAUGGAAUGUUCUGUCUGUUAUGAAAUAGCCCAUCCUCCUUGUAUACAACGCUUAUGUCAAGACUUUACCGGAUACAUUAACGAAGACAUGCCAAACUCCUGGGAAUGCCCUCUAUGUUGCAAAUUAGGUAAAAACACGGACUAUCGGCCGAGGCAUUUCAGGGCGAGACAGAAAUCGUCGGACAUAAGAAGAAUUAGUAUAAGUUCGGACGCUUCCAGCGCGUUUGAAAACAAAAUGCAACCUGAUACACAUUCGGAUUCUGGAAGUGAAAAUGACCAAAAAGACUCAAAGGACUUACUACCAAUCAAAAAACGACGAUCCAGCGAAAACUCGGAAGUCGACACAAAGAUGGCGCCACUGCCGUCAAACGACAAUAACAGGAAGACGGCGUUUAGAAUGCAGCUGGCGCAGCAAAUCGUAUCGAACACGACGAAAGUACUGAAGAAACCCAUGGUCGUCGUGAGGCCCGCUCCCGUCAUGAUGCUCAAUCCUCUCGUACCGACCAAUAACUUGGCCCUGGACAAACGGGUUAUAUUAUCUAUAUUUAGAUACUUAUCACCGAAAGAUUUACUUAACUGCGCUCUAGUUUGUAAAACAUGGGCUACAUACUCCAUCGACCCGUCACUUUGGAAACGCAUGGAGUUUGACCACAAAAAAAUAUCCAGUGAUAUGCUAAAAGGCACAGUGCGACGACAACCCGAAAUUUUGAGUCUCAAAUGGUGCAGAAUUAACCACUUUCAGCUGCCUUGGCUCAUACAGAGGCUAAACAAUUUAAAACAGCUCUAUCUGCAGAGUAUAGAUGUAAAAUCAGCCAUUUCGUUAAGGACGAACCACUCGGCCAUUUUGCAAGUGCUCGAUUUGAGCUACAUCUCCGAUUUUAAUGAUUCAGCUUUAAGGGAAAUCUUAGGUACAAAUAACGACGCUCGUUCUGGUUUAGCGGGCGACAAGAUCCGAUUCCGCAACCUGAAGACUCUCAAGUUAGCCGGCACCGACAUUACCGACAUAGCCAUGCGCUACGUCACCCAGUACUUGCCCAACAUCCAGCACCUAAGCCUGAGCAUGUGCCCGCGCAUUUCGGACGCCGGCAUCGCUCAGUUGACCACCAAACCGGCCAACACGGUGGUCAAUCUGAUCAGUCUCGAUCUGAGCCACGCCAAACUGGUGACCGAGGCCAGUUUGGAUCACUUGGCCAAAUGCGAAAAGUUGACUAGAUUAGAUUGUAGACAGGCGUUGAACGUUUCCACUCAGGCGUUGAUUAAGUUUGCGGCGAAGAGCAAACACGAUUUGCAAGUAAGGGAGAUAAAAUUGGUGGAUAUUAGACAGAGGCCUAUUCAGUGAAUUCCAAACUGCGACGCGUUCAUUAUUUAAGAAAUGAACGUUACUUCCAGCUUUUUUCAUAUUGAAACUAAAUGACAUGGGGUUAGAUUGGUAAGAAUUAUAAUCAAAGUUAAUUUUGUUUUGUAAUACAUAAUACACCAAACGAUUUAUUGGUGUUACAUUUCAGACUACUGAAAUAUUUAUGUGUGGAUGUUAAUUAAUGAUGUUAAAUUCAAUUCUUAUAAGACUAAACUAAAACUUUUUUUGACAAUGUUAUGUUUCAGUUAGUCUAAAUCAGUACAUAAACAUGUAUAAAAGAGAGGCUAACCAUAUACAUCGAUUUAUUUUUACCCAACAUAUGCAAGCAAAAUGUAAACAACCCGUUUGCUUAUUUACAGUGCGAUUUGACCACAGAUCAUUGGCGUAGUUUCAGGAUCUUUAUAAAAAUAGAAUAAGGGUGUUAAAUACACAAAUAUUUACAAAAUAUUUAUACCUCUGUGGCGAAUUCAUCUCUUUGAAAAAAUCCUCUGGAUAUUUCGCCAUUUGCACUGUAAAAAAAUUACAAAAUAAAAUUGUUAUGUUUUGUAACUGAAAUAUCUACAGAAUACAUAUAAGCUCCAAAACUCCAUUUAAAAAAAAACUAAUGACAUAUGAAGAGCACAAGGGAAAAACGAUGAAAGUCCAUUUUUUGCUAAUUUGGUUUUAAUGCACAAUAAUUUUCCGUCUUAAAAAGCUACACCUUUUGAUACCUAAAUAUAUACGGGAAUAUCGAUCACAUAGGCAUUGAUGUUGAUUUAUUUUCAUACUAACCAAUACAAGUAGUUUUCGAGUUUCUAUCUACUAUGUAAAUCAAUGACUAAAGAAUAUAAGGACAUGUAACGCCCAUAUACGGGCUGCAGCAGAAUUUGUGACCUUAGACGCCAUUCUUUUGGUGGCAACGAAUGAGUCAUCAGCUGGUCACCAACGACAAUUUUAGCGAUUUUUA